CUCUGACACACCUUCAACUGGCGCAGAGUGGUCGAGGGACAGUGAGGGUGACGCAGGGAGGGUUUAAGUAAAGUUGAGAGGAACCCGAACCAUACAAAAGAAGCAAGUACACAGAGCAUCGCACCAUCUGCAGGGACCUUUCUGACCCACUGCUACCACAGGGCUCUGUCAGUCCGCUGUCAGGAUGAGCUGGGUGAGCGCACUCUUGCUCCUCACGGUCAUCGGGGAAGUUUGGACCUGUCUCCAAUACGGCGACAAGAAACGGCAGAGUGACCUGUGCCGACUCGAACUGACCAAGGCAAUCGUCUAUGCCAAGGUGGUGGCCAUCUACAAGAAUCCCCGCAGGGGACCCUACAACGAUGCCCCCACCAUGGAAGUUCCUUCGAAAGAAACGUAUUGUGCGGAGCUGGAACCGCUGUGUGAUGUGUUUAUGAUCCCGUGGUUCCAGUGGUGGAUGCCCAGGGACAGGUUUAACCUGACUGGACUGGGCGACUUCGACUGUCAAUCUUACACCGUCAUGGAAAACAACACCUAUUUUUUCUCGAUCAGGAGGGAUGAAAAUCACAACUUGGUGCCAGAUGGAAUCAAUGACCAGGAUCCAAUUUUCCCUGACACCCCCGAAAACCAUAAGAUGUUCUUUAGCCACAUCCAGUUCUCCAAUUGUGUCAGCGGCACCAAUCAUCAGACGUACUCACCCGAGUGGGAAGCGCAAGAGCAUAAUCCGUUCCACUGCACAAGCGUGCAGAAGGCCCUUUAUGCAGAGGUAGACCGGGUGCAGAUGCUCAACGAGAAAGUGAAGUCUCUGGAGAAGACCAUCAACCAUCUGCGUGAGACGGUGAAGAGAACUAAACGCUCACUCAGGCAGGUGAAGAAAGAGAGCAAGCGGGAAGCAAUGCUCAUGAAACAGCAGCAGGACAAGUAAAGAGGAAAGUUGAACGCAAAGCAGGACACUGGCAAAACGAUCCUGAAACCAGUCAAGAAAACAGUCAACACCAAACUGUAACGUUGCAGACACACGGGUUGUAAUGAUCUGUAAGUUGGAGUCGAAAUGCUUCCAUGCAUUCCACAUGGAAACUACAUCAACUUUAACAGCAAUCUAUUCUCAGUAACAUUGUAGUUGUGUGAACUAGAAAAAUAUAGUUGUAGCUUAGCUUUCACAUUUGCGUUAUAUUUCUCAGCCAAUUUAUCUCAGUUUAUUCCUGUUUAUAGCAAGAGUAAUUGAGUUUAGAUAGAAGCAAGUUGAAACAGGCAUGGGACCCAAUGCAGAAAACUGGUGGAAACCUCCCUGCAGUGAUUGGCAAGUUGGCAAAACGGUGGCAAGAUUCCACAGGGAAACAAUAUUGACGUGGAAAAUAUAACAAACUGCACCAGGGCAGGAAUUCUUGAUGUAUUGGGAGGAAACAUUUAUUAGUAAGAGCAGCUUUUACACAGUCCUGUCUACACGUUACUGACUAGUUCAGCAUUUAAAGCUAAACUAAUUGGUUUAUUAAAUUUGUUAACUCCGUCAUUGAUGGGCUCAUUUCAUUGGAAGUUUUAAAUUCAUGGAUAAAAACAGACUAAUGAUAUUUAAAACACAGAAAUUGCAAACUGUGAUAGAGUAAUAGAGAUACAGCACGGAAACAUGCCCUUCAGCCCACCGAGUUCAUGCCGCCAUCAACCACCCAAUUACACUAAUCUGACAUUAAUCCCAUGUUUUAUUCUCAUUAAUUCCCCUGAUUCAAAAGUGAAAAAACUAAGACUAAAAUUUUCCAAUGAUAAAACAAUCUGAAAAGCUCAUUAAGCAGGUAAAAAUUCCUCAGGCAUUUAAGCCUUUCAUUAAUACUGAGUCCAUUGCUAAUAAUACUGUAAUUUGGUUUAACUGCAUGGAAAGAUUUCACGGAGUGCUGGAGUAGCUCAGGGGGUCAGGCAGCAUCUCAGGAGAAGAUGGAUAGGUGACGUUCCAGAACUGAAACAUCGCCUGUCCCUGCCGCCUGAGAUGUUGCCUGACCCACUGAGCUACUCCAGCACUCUGUCAUUUUAGCAAACCAGAAUCUGCAGUUCAUCGUUUCUUCAUUUAAAGAUUUUUUUUUUCCAAAUAUAAAUGGUUAAUUUGAAUCACCAUCACCAGCAAUCCAUUCAAUAAAGUUAGUGUUCAGACAUCCAGGACCACUUUUCAUUAGGAGUUUGCAAUGCUUUAAAUCACAAUUUCUUUUGUUUAGCUGGAAUAGACUGUGCUUUUUUUCUGUGGAAUGGUUUGUGAAUGUUGCUUCAUGCCAUGAUCAAGCUUAAUAGGAAGCUGAGGGUAAUUUUAUUUUACACAUAGGGUGGUGGGUAUAUGGAACAAGCUGCCAGAGGAGGUAGUUGAGGCAAGUACUAUAAUAACAUUUCAUAGAAACUUGGAUAAGGUACAAGGAUAGGAAAUGUUUAGAGCGAUAUAGGCCAAAUGCUGGCAGGUGGGACUAGCAUAGAUGGGGCAUUUUGGUCAGCAUAGGCAAGUUGGGCCGAAGGGCCUGCAUCCAUGCUGUAUAACUGUAUAACGCUACAACUCUUUCUGUUUCACGUCCUGCAUACUGCAUGCCAUUCACGUGAGGAGGUGUGUGGGUGGGCUCAAGUGGAAUCAUCCAAAUGGAAUAUAAGGUUGUGGGUGCCCACACACUUAAAUAUUCCUCCAAUAGUUGAAUCAAUUAUCGUCUUGUAUGUGUGUGUAAUAUGCAAAACAAGGAAUUUCACUGUGACAUGUCACAUGUGAUAAUAAAGUAUCAAUCAAUCAA